CUGUCUGCCAGGUUAAGAGGGAAAUAUUUAAAUGAGAAGUUGAGUAGGUAAUCAGGAAACAGGACAGCCAAAGUGACAUCGAACCCAAUGGAGCUUCAGCAGCCAUAAGUGUUCUCUUGUGGUUUCUUCCUGCUCUUUUUGACAGACGAAGAACACGAGCUUGUCUCAGUCAAGGUUGCCUUACAGAGCUCUGUCUUUGCAUUGGAACUUGAAAAGUUGUUUAAAGGUGGACGGUAAAAUGAGAGAAGAGGUGUCCUGCACCAAAUCCCCUGAAGGAGGGCUGGGGGCCAGCGAAGAGGAGCUGGAGAGAGGAUCGAAGAAGACCCUCCAACAAGGAAACCGAAAACGUUCUCCUUACCCCAAGAAGGACAGCCUCAGUCAGGCAGAGGAGAGCAGCACUGGUAGCCCCAACAGCGUGCUGCCGUCGGGGCCGAAGAGGCUUAAGAAAAGCCCCACUGCUGUUGUGUCGUUGGCCCCAUCAUCGCUGGGCCCCAGGUCAGAGCCGCCCUUUGAGGACCUCCAUUCUCAGCGAGUCAUAGCCAACGUACGAGAGCGUCAACGCACUCAGUCCCUCAACGAUGCUUUUGCGUCUCUUCGCAAGAUCAUCCCUACGCUUCCUUCAGACAAGCUGAGCAAGAUCCAGAUCCUCAAGCUGGCCUCACGCUACAUUGACUUCCUGUACCAGGUGCUGCAGAGUGACGAGAUGGAUGCCAAACUGGCCAGCUGCAACUACCUGGCCCAUGAAAGACUGAGCUACGCCUUCUCCGUUUGGAGGAUGGAGGGGGCCUGGGCCAUGUCCACCAGCCACUAGGAUCCUAGGAUCACUAGGAUCUUACACUUCUUUCUUAAACCCUCGUGUGUCCACAUCUCCACCCCAACAUCUCUGUGUGUGUCUGCAUCCAUUUCCUCACAUCUGAAUGUUUACAUUUUAACCUUUUUGGGUGAUCUAAGUCUUUUUGUCUUAAACCUUUGCUUCCAGACCCAUCCUGCUCUGUCUAAAUGUUCUCAACACUUCACACCAUCACUAUUAACAUCCAUUGUUGGAUCUAUGCAGCUAAAACCUAUUACAGACGCUCUUUCCCCCCUCAGUUCUUUCUACUUCAACUGUUCUCUCUUUCCUGUCCCAAACUUUUGUCCAGUGCAACGAGACGCACCACUGCAGCCCCUCAGAAAACCAACAAGUGGAAAAUUCUCAACAAUCACAGAAGAAAUUUCUUCCGGCCUCCCCGGACGCUUCCCCCAUGUUUUAACUUUUAAAAAACAGCCUUUUUUUCCGCUUUCUCUCCAACGGACUGGAAAUGUGCUUGACUCAUGACAUUGAGAUGUACUCAUGCAGCUCGACUUGAACGGUGUUUCUGAAACACUGGUGACGGGACUGACAGUCAAGCUCAGAACUUUUUGAUGAAGAAAACUAACAGCUGGCCUGCGGUGACAAUGAAACAAAAUGGCUGCUGGUUUGAGUGCCUUUGGGUAACACCGUGAUAACCAUCAUCCACCCGACUCUUAACAGCGUCUCACAACGGAUGACUCACUGCCAGACGAACAUUAAGAUGACUAAUGAUAAUGGCACAGUGAUGGUUAGAGGGCGGUCACAGCCAAUGAAUGUUUACAGCUAAAAUGCUAAUAAGCUAAUCGCUCUGGCUCUCAAACCCCGCCUUGUGGGAAAAGAAGAGCCCGAAGAAUCUGAUGCAGAUCUUCUCCGUUUUGUGCUGUAGUAACUGGAUAGCUUUCUGUGUAUUUUGGGGUUUUAAAGUGUAUCUGUGAAUUUGGUGUAUGCACACUGUAUUACUUUAACACUUGGCUUAAAUAAAAUAA